CACGACGACGCUGAUGGCGACGGCUUGACGGAGCAUCAGCAAGCUCUACUCCAGUCGGUUAAUCAAGCCCGAAAGUUAGAUGGCUUACCUCCAGUCAAGAAGAUGAAGUUCGAGACCCUGAAGCCGAAUGCUACGCCUCCGACGAGACCUACAUCGGACUUCAACGACGAGCACACCUUGAUGAUUGAGGAGUUGCUUUUGCUGGAGGAGUACGGCGAGGAGUACGAGGACACGAUUUACUUGGCGUCCUACCGCGCGGAGACGAUCUGCGAGAAGAGGCUUGGGUACGAGGAGCGCAAGCAGUUCAGCCAGGCUAAGGACGAGGCGCUUGCACCUUGGAUCGAUAAUCGCGCGUGGGAACGAGUACGCAAGGAAGAUGCAAAUCCCGACGAGUGCGUGCCCAUGAGAUACUUGCUCAAGUGGAAGCAGAAAGCAGAGGGACGGAAAGCCAACGCUAGAGUCAUCUUGCAGGGUUUCAAGCACAUCGACGUUCUCACUCAGAAGUUGGACACCGAGAGCCCGACGUUAUCAAGGUUGGGCAGGAAUAUGAUUUUCCAGUUCUGUGUGACGCGGAAAUGGAAGGUGUUCUCAGCUGAUGUCAAAUCAGCCUUUUCGCAGAGCGAAGACAUCGAGAACAGAGUUUACGGUGUACCCAGUGCUGAUAUGAGAAGGAGAUUGGAAAGCAUGAUCGGCCUUCAGCCCGACGAGAUCUUGCUCAUGAAGAAGCCUGCAUUUGGUGACGUGCGCGCGCCGAAGCAAUGGUGGACUACAGCUGACAGUUCUAUGGCAGAUCGACAUUUCGUGUCGCACCCUCUGGACAACUGUCUCUACUUGUCGACGCGCCUGGCGACGGAUCAUGACGACGAGUUCGACACGUUUAUGCACAACUCUCAGAAGCUGAUCGUCGACGGAGUCCUAGGACUUCACUUGGACGACUUUAUCGGAGGUGGCGAAGGCAUUGCAUCCCUACAAGAUAUCAAGCCAUACGAAGGAGAGGAGCUGUACGGUUUUGUGGACCGCAUUCGAUCUCUCAACCAGCGCUUUCGUUUUGGCAGUUGGGACCUUGCCCAUGACUUCGUAUUCUGUGGAGGCCAUAUUAUCCAGAGUCCACUGCUGAACACUAUCUACCUCUCGAUGAAGGAGUACAUCCACAAGAUAAAGCCCAUUACGAUCGACAAGGCGAGGAGGUCCAUGCCCAUGGAGGAGUGCACGCAGGCCGAACACCGAGCGCUACGUUCCUGCAUUGGCGCUCUCCAGUGGCCGGCUGCCCAGGGCGUGGUCUGUCUUUCUGCGAGCGUCUCUUUUGCUCAGGCUGCAGGCGACCAUCCCAAGAUCCAGGCCCAGGCUGCAGCGAACGCGGUGGACGCGCUCGAGUGGGUCAAGGUUUUCGCGAGCUGCAUGAUCGACCCUACGCAGUCUAUCGUGGACGAGGCUACUAUGCACAAGCUUGGUGAAUCUGUCAUCGCUGUCGACUCCAAAGGGUUGUAUGAUGCCAGCUUGUCCCUCAGCGGAGGUCUUGGCAUCAAGGAGCGACGCACGGCACUGGAGGUCAAGAUAACCACUCAGCGCGCGAAGGCCCUUUGUGGAGUUUUUCGCUGGACGAACACUUUGCAGCAGCUUGCCGAUGGCUUGACCAAGGUUGCGGCCCGUCAGGCUUUUGCCGAAACCGCCCUGCGAGGCUACCACGCGAUCAAGUUCGACCCCAAUUACGUUGCUGGGAAGAAGCUCAGUGCCAAGACCAUGCGUGACGCCGAGAUGGAGCUCGAUCGUGCUGCAGGAUUCGCCCAGGACUACGCGAACGUGGCGGAAGCGCUGGAGAGCGAAUUCGAGGUUAAGUGCGCGCUCGAGGGGUGCGACAAGAAGGUCGAGGACGGAACGGAUCCCUCAGGCCAGCCUUUCAAGUACUGCUCUCGUCGUCACUUCUACGCCGACAGGUCGUCGAAUCUCCAGCUGCGGAAGGCAGCAGCACGCAUCAUUGCUACGAUGGCCGUGGCCGGCCAGGUCGGGGUUACCAGCGCGACGGACCUCAUGCUUAACAGUCAGGCUUCCAGCAACACCAAGGACGCGCAGUACUAUUACUACUACUACUACCACGGGGACCAGGAGACCGAGAUCGUGGGCCAGCUCGGAAGGUUCUCUUAUUUUGUGGCACUGACGGCGACUCCCAGCAUGCUCAUGACGGUUCUGUUCAUCAUGAUGGCCUGGUUAUGGUUUUGGCGCAGUACUAUCAUGUGCCUUGUUACCUCCAAGCUACCGACGAGUACGACUGUGAAGCCGAAGAAGGUGGAUCCAGAUGAUGGCGGAGAUGGUUCUCAUCAGCCGCCGAUUCCCUGGCAAAGCCCAAGGCCGCUGCUAGAGUUUCGCCGCGGGUGCCCGAGCAGGUGA